CCCGAGGUAAACAAGACUGUUUGGGGCCGAAGGUAGCGGCUCCCGAGUUUGUGUCCACCGAUCUUAAGAAAUGGAAAAGAAAGCAGAGGUCUUCGGGAGUUUAUGGCCGUAAUUCCGUUAAACAAAUCUACUUCUGAACCACAUCCCUAGAUUCGGACCUGUCAGCCAUGUCGUCACGCGUGUUGCUGCGGCAGCAGCUGAUGCGAGAACAAGCCCAGGAGCAGGAGAGACGUGAGGCCCAGCAACAGGCCUCUGCUUCACAGCUCCGGGCCACCGACUCAACUCCAGCCAUCUCUGUCACUCUGCCCCCAAAUGCUGCCCGUCCCCCUCCAGCCCAGGUGCCCGUGGAGGUUCUGAAAGUGCAGACCCACUUGGAGAACCCCACCAAGUACCAUAUCCAGCAGGCACAGAGGCAACAGGUGAAACAGUACCUCUCCACCACUUUGGGGAACAAUGCAGUCACUCAGACCAUGGGUGUGUCCCCCGUGCAACAGUCCAGUUCUGCUCCUGAGGUCGGCCCGACGGCCAGCAGCGCCCCAAACAGUCCUAUGGCUCUUCUCAACAUCGGAUCCAACAAGGAGGAAAUCGACGACGUGAUCGACGACAUUAUUAGCCUCGAAUCCAGUUUUAAUGACGACAUCAUUACAUUGAUUGACUCAGGUCUUCAGCUGCCCAGCACGCUCCCAGGAAAUCUGUUGGAUGUCUACCAUAGCCCUGGAAUGGCAGCGCCCACUCUUACUGUCAGCAACUCCUGUCCUGCUGAUCUUCCAAAAAUUAAAAGGGAAAUUACAGAAACGGAUGCCAAAGCACUAUUGAAAGAAAGGCAGAAGAAAGACAACCAUAACCUCAUUGAGAGGAGGCGCAGAUUCAACAUCAACGACCGCAUAAAGGAGCUGGGUACUCUCAUACCCAAGUCAAGUGACCCAUGCCACAAUAACGACAGAGAGAUGCGCUGGAAUAAAGGAACCAUCCUGAAAGCUUCUGUGGACUACAUCAGGAAGCUACAGAAGGAGCAGCAGAGAGCCAAGGACGUCGAGAUGAGACAGAAAAAGCUGGAGCAAGCAAACCACAGUUUGUUGUUACGCAUCCAGGAACUAGAAAUGCAGGCACGGCUCCACGGCCUCUCAACCCCCACCAGCAUUUCCUCCGGCCUGAGCUCCGACCCCUCCCUUCUCCAACCACAGGCGGUCCCACAUAGCGGCCAGUCUCUGCCUCCCAGCGCAGGAGGAGCAACCACCCAGAACUUCCUCAGCAUGGGAGGCAUCGGGCAACCCUUGCCAGCCUCCUUCCUCUCGCCGCCCUCCUCGGACUCUCCCGCCGGAGUCACCAUCAGCAGCCCGCUGGACCUGGGCAGCCUGAGCUUCGCCGAGCUAGACGACGCCUCGGCCUCGGCGCUCUACCCUGACGUGGGCCUGGGGGACAUCCUCAUGGAGGACGGGUGCGCCCUGUCUCCGGAGGGGUUGGCCGAGCCGCUGUUUUCUCCAUUAUCACCAGGUGCCUCUAAAACCAGCAGUCGUAGGAGCAGCCUUGAAAUGGACGAGGACUUGUGAUGAGCUGUGUGUGGUCAGAGACUGUCUGUGGGGACGAGGGUGUCAGGAAGUGCAGCCUAUUCUUAAAUAACACAAGUCUAUUCAUAGGACUGUAGAACUGAAUUCCAAUAGGUAUCGUUAAGAACAAAACUAACAAACGUUGCAUCACAAGACAGCAGCAAGUUUCUCUUGAAUUUUCUUUUGCCAUACAGACCUAAUUAUUAUUGUUCCUUUUCAGAGCUCAGUGAUUAUGUCUGGGUUUAUAAAUGCAAUAUUAUUGAAAUUGAAUAAUGUACAAUAGGGGCAUGAACCUAGCAUUAAGAAAUGAUACAUUCUUAAACAGAUUUAAAGAUUUCUUCAGAGAUUUAAGAGGGAUAUAAUUAUGUUUGCUUGAAUUUAUUAUACGCUUUUAUUAUGUGUAGGGAAAAACAAAGAAAAAAAAAAGCCGUGAGGUUUAUAUGUCAUGACAACAUUGGCGUAACAAGCUUUUUAAGAGGUGCCAGCACACAGUGUAUGUUUCCGUUCAUUCAGCGGACUGGAAUCAGGGUUUGAUUAUAGCAAUCACAUGCUCAUCCGUGUUGGGUUGUUUCACCAGCAGCUGUAGAAGGGAUCUCUGUAUAAUGAAUUGGCACAUUGUGAAAUAUUUACUGCAUAUUGUACAUAAGAGUAUUUUAUUUUGAGCAAGUUCAUUGCACCUUAUUUUAUGGCAGUCUAUGCAUUUUAUGAAAGCUUUUGUGUCCUUUUUUUUUUUUUUUUUUUUUUUUACUAUCACACAGAGUGGACAGCUGACGCCAGGGUGGCAUGUAUUUGUAAUAAACCUUAAUAGCAGUGGAAAAUCACUUGCUGCUGCAGCUAGGUAGCCAAAGCAGGACUUCUUCCAGAGUAGCUACAAAUUACAAAUCAGCGUUUUAUUUUUGAAUCAGUCAGUGGAAAUGCAAGACCGUAUAAGAAAUGCAGAACAAUUUACUCUUUCUCAAUAGUACUGUAGUUCAUUAUUAUUAUUAUUUUUUAUACCUGAUAGUUUCUCCUGACUAAUGUGUGUGUGUGUGUGUUACAGUGAAUGUUUUUCUCCAUUAACCUUGGUGAUCACUGAGUGAUUCGACCAGUUAGCAUGUUCUACUAAGAUUAUGUUUGUUUGUGUUUGGAUGAUCAGAAGUGAUAUAUCUAAUUAUACGUUAUUGCUCAAUGUAGUAUGACUCCAGAUGGCCUCGACCCUAUGACCCUAUUUUAAAACCAACCACUAGACUCACCUCUGUACAAAAAUUGUGUAACUGUUUGUUGAGUGGAACCUGCAACACGGUUGUUAUUCUAUAAAGUAGCCACAAAGUUUAGAAAGGCGUUUGUCUGAUGCUUGACACAAGCUUAUGUACAGUUAAUGAAUGUUGUUUUUUUUUUUAACAUUUUGCAGCAGCAGCAAAUAGAUAAGGCAGCCACAAACAUCUAUACUUAGCUCAGAGUUUUGAGUGAUAUUACAACAAUUAUUUUAUUUAGGUUUCUUUCCCCAAUCCAUUCAGAGGUUUGAGGUACUUUUGAGUUAAAAGGAGCCACACUCUGUUGCUCAGUGUCACUUAUUGUUUUGCUCUGAGACCCUUGACAUUAAAGGACCCGUGUAGCGUGUGUAGGAUUUAUGGGGAUCUAUAACCAGAGCGGAAAAUGGUAUUUAUAUUCAUGUUUUCACUCAUGUAUGAUCACCUGGAGCUACCGUAAUAGUUUUGUUAGCUUGUUAGCAUCCACUGUCGGUUCACACCUAAAAAGGGAGGGGUAUUCACUCGGUUACAGUCUACAACCUCACCACUAGAUGUCAUUAAAUCCUACACACGGGUGCUUUAAGUAGCUGUGCUCAGCGUUUUGUCUUCAUACCUAACUGCCCCCCGAUACUAUGUCUCAACUCUGACAUAUAUCUGAGUGACUGUUAACCAUGAACAUAACAUGAUGUGUCUUGUCCCUACGAGUUGGCUUUCAGAGGAUUUUAACAAAUAAAUGAUUCCCAAUUGG